UCAAAAAAAAAAAACAGAAAUAAAAUUUCUGCAUUCUUUGCCAUUUUCAACAAAAACCUUUGUCAUUUCAAAACCUUUCAAGCGUUUCAUUUCAAUUUCACCUUCUUCAACUUCAUUGCGUUAAUUUUCCCGGGAAAGUUUCUCCUUAUUAUUUUCUCGAGAAAACAAAACAGAAAAACAAAGGGUUUUGGAAUCGCGGUUUCUGUCCCAUCGAAUCCCAACACUGUUGUACAAAUUUACGAACACGAGAUCCCGAAUUUCAUUACAGGGAUUUCGUGUUUGUAACUAUGGAUCAUAUUUUCAAGCUCUUCGCGUUUCUCAUUCUCUUUGGAUUAGUAAAUGCGUGUUUUGCGGAAAAUGGUUUUGGACAUUGUGAAAGAGUUGUCAAGAGCUGGGCAAGUUCUUCACUUGAUAGAGAAAUUGGACAAGAAGAUAAACAUACCCUUAAGGAUUUGUUGUUUUUCUUGCAUGUUCCUAGAACCGGAGGACGAGCUUAUUUUCAUUGCUUUUUGAGGAAAUUGUAUCCAAGUUAUUUGGAAUGUCCUCGAUCUUAUGAUAAGUUGCGAUUUGAUCCAAGCCAACAAAAAUGUAGACUGUUAAGUACACACGAUGACUAUAGCAUGACAUCUAAAUUUCCAAAGGAGAGAACUUCUGUGGUUACCAUACUUAGGGAUCCGAUUGACCGAGUUUUUAGUACUUAUGAAUUUUCAAUGGAGGUUGCGGCUAGAUUUUUGGUGCAUCCAAACUUGACAUCUGCAACACAGAUGGCUUUACGCUUGCGCUCUAAGGCUAAAGGAGUAAGCACAUUGGAUAUCUGGCCUUGGAAGUAUCUUGUUCCAUGGAUGAGAGAAGACCUAUUUGCUAGGAGGGAAGCUAGGUAUAGUAAGGGAAUGAACACUGUCGAGGGCAGUGAUCCUUAUGAUAUGAAAGAUUUUGCAAUGCCUUUACAAGAAUACAUCAAUCAUCCUGCGGCUUGGGAUAUUGUACAUAAUGGAGCCACAUUCCAGGUUGCAGGUUUGACAAACAAUUCUUAUAUAGCAGAAGCACAUGAAGUGCGCCAUUGUGUACAGAAAUAUAAGGUUCUUGGUAAAUAUGUGCUACAAGUUGCGAAGAAGAGACUUGACAGUAUGUUAUAUGUUGGUCUUACUGAGGAACACAAAGAAUCUGCAACAAUGUUUGCCAAUGUGGUUGGUUCUCAGGUUAUAUCACAGCUUAAUGCACCAAACACCAGCCUGGAUACUAUUGAAAAUACAGAACAGAGUUCAUUUUCAGAUGCUGAUCCUGAUAGCAGUGAACAUCAGAAUAGCACCUCGGACAGGGGAGCAAGUGACGCUACUUCAACUGAAAAUGGAGAAGCAGCAGAAUCAACUAUGACUGUUGGGAAACUCAUGGACACUUAUGAAGCCUGUAUUUCUAAUUUACGGAGCUCCCAAUCAGGCCGACGCAUCUCCUCUUUGAAGAGGAUUCCGGUGAACUUUACAAAGGAGGCACGACUUCAAGUUCCUGAAAAGGUUCUCCAGCAGCUACGGUCUCUUAACGAUCUUGACUUGGAGCUCUAUGAAUAUGCGAGAGCCAUUUUCAAUAAGCAACAUAAAACCUCAUCGCUGAUCACUGAGGAGAGAUGGGAUAACAUAUCAAGCAGCGAAUAUGUCAUCAUCAUGUGGAAGAUUCUUACAUUAGCACUAACUCUCUUCUUCCUUCUUUUCUUAUUCAUACAAAUUGUAAAUGCAAGAAGAAGAAUGUUGAAGGUUAAGAAGUAAAGUAGUCGAGUCAUAAUUUGUGGUAACUAACACGGAUUUAGAGAAAAUAUAUUCAGACAGAAUUACAUUCAGGUUUGGAUCGAGUGAUCCAUAUUUCCAUCACCAAUCCUAUAACGCAAAUUGAUGUUGUUCGAUGUUUUGUCCGUUGAUGAGUAGGGUUUUGUGAGGCGUUUCCUUUUUACUUUAAUUUCAUUUUUGUUGGACAGAAGUUGUCGAGUUAAUCACCAUUAGAGUGAAUCAGCAUUUUGGUUCUCUUUGUUGUCCAAAGUUUAUAAAAUGAGAAUAUACAAAUGGAGAGACUCUUAUUUUUCAAAUAAUUAAAUGAUAUGUUUUUUU